CUGCAGCGCUCCUGUUUAAUCCACUUAGGACUUCAGUGCCCUGAUGGAAAGAACAUGACCAUGCUCAUGCUCAUUCAGGUUAUCAGCCCUGGGUUGGUAUUAGACAUUAGUGUGUUUUAGUAUGUUAGUAUGUUUUCUGAUCUGAUGGACAGCUGUAUUUUCUGCCUUUAUUUUGUGUGACGUCGACUGACAUGACAUUACAUUUAGUAACGCAUGUAAACAGGAUCUGACUCGUAGUAAAGCAUGUAUCAACAGGUCUGAAAUGUUGCUCCUAACUGGGCAGCCGAAGCUUGCGGAGAUGUAAGCUCGUAUCAGAAAUGGAAAAACCUGUUCCAAAUCAGAAAUGGGAAAGUUUAAUCGGUCCAUUCCUAUUGAAGUUUUUGAAAUGUUCAUACAAAAACCUGAAACAAAGAAAUGCCAUAAAUGUGAAAAAAAAUCUUUAUUUACACUUGGCUGUGGUAGAAAAAGAGGGUGGUUUAUUUAUUUAUUUCUUUUUCUUUCCUUUCUUUUUCUUUUUUUCUUUUUUUUUGAAAGGUUUUCUAUGGCAGCUGAUUCUGGUAUGCUAUAUUUCAAUGUAGUUCAUGACUGAUGGUCAACACUGUUUUUUAUAUUUAAAAUAUUCAUAUAAAUAGUACUUGUAAUCACCCCUCCCAAGGAGUUAAUUUUUUUUCCCUUGCGUUUAACAUUUGGAUCCAAAUAUACUUUAUUAUGCAUACUUUUAAUUUAUCAUAACUGACUGUACCAGUGCUAUUAGUUUUGGCCUCAUGCCUGAAAACCUCAUGCUUCUGUUUAUGAUUACUAUCUACUAUCCUCCUCUAUUUCUUAAAGGUUUUCUACACACCCUCCUGUACUCUCUUGUAGACUGAUGGACAUAUGACCCCUAGUAGAGCCGAGAUUGUGCUUUGCCAGUCUGCACAUUCCUGUCUCCCUUACUCCCGCUGUUGUUACUGCUGCUUUCUUAGUACUAAAUGUCCUGGCAGGCUCUGAUUUAUGUUUCCACUGCCAUUCUGGAAGUAUGCAGCACUGAGUUCAGAGCCUCUGUCUCCCUCACUCUCUCUCUCUCUCUCUCUCACACACACAUACACACACACUUACCUAUAACACGUACCUCCUGUCCUGGGCCUGGCGACAGCAUCGGGCCAUGUGACUCUGAACCAACCAAUGCUGCAGCUCCCUGGUGUGGGCUAGCCAAGCUGGAGAGAACAGCAGCACACAGCUUUAUAACUCUAGUGAAGAGAGGGAGAGGGUGGGAGUGUGAAGAGAAGGAGUGAGGGACAUAGCUCUAUAGAACAGGCAAUUUGAAUGAGUGAGAGGGAGUGAGAGAGAGAGAGAGAGAGAGAGGCAGGAUGCAAGGACACUAAAUAAGAAGAAGGUGAGGAAUGGAUUUUCAGACAGUGAUGUCUGAUAAGAUGAGAACUCGGCACCUUGACUCCGGGCAAAAGCAGCCCAGCAGCGUGACCGGGUAUGACUAGAAGGACACCAGCCGCAGGAGAGAACAUCUGAUGGGGAGAGUGAAGGGAAAAGGAGAUGCCAUUCAGCAGUCUAAAAGUCCACCAAAGAUGACUGAUGAGCUGUUAAACUGCAUAGAAAGGGGGAGAGCGCUGUGGACGACAGCUGUUUUACCUCCUGCAGGAAAUCCAGCUGCAAUCUCGUCCGUUCCAUUCAGACCAGAAAUUGCAUGCGAAAUAGCUGAAAAGGCACUGAAGGACAUGCACCAUCCAGCUCAUAUUUCAUAUUCCAGCUUUAUUUGCUCUAGGCUUUGGAUUUCAGAAAAUAAGGGCACUGUUUAGAGCCUGCAGGUGAAGGUUGCAUUCAUGUUUACACUGGCUUUGCUUAAAGCUGCAUUCUGUAAUAGUUCAAACACCUCCCUCUAUAUAUAAUGCAUCCCAAACAGUGCAUGAUGUGUCAUCUGAGAGGUGCUGUUUCUCAUUUAUUUGUUCACUUUGAAUUGUUUUUUACUGCGAAUUGCAUUUUCUGUACUUUCUAUACUUCAGUUAAUUACAUUUAUUAAGUUUUGUCUUGCUGUUUAUCAUGGCUAAUAAAACUUUGCAGUGAGAGAUAUUAGUACUGCAUGUGGUUUGGUCUUCUAAACACCUGACUGGCUGUAAUGAGUGUGAUCAUAGAAAAUAAUGGGAAGCUAUAAAAGGGCACAGCAACUGAUCUGCUUGUUGAUCAUAUUACUGGAGGAAGGUCAUGCUCUGCUUUCUGAUCUAAUAUUGUUCUCUCUCCUAGUUACACUCACUUUCACUUGUGCACUUUUUCUUCCUCUCUCUCGCUGUCCACCUGUCUUAUUUCUCAUCCCCUGCCUAUUGAUUGAUCUCUGUCUGUCUAUAUCCAUCUCUAUCUCUCACUUCCCAUGGCUUAAUCUUCCUUUCGCUUAUCCGCCAAUCUCCCCGCCCAGGACCGAAAGAUGCUGUCCACAGCCCAGCAGAUGCUGCAGGAUAGUAGGACCAAAAUCGAGCUGCUGCGCAUGCAGAUUGUUAAAGUGACUCAGGCCAGAGAGGGAGAGCGCGAGGCCUCCGAAACAAACGGUCGUCCUUCGGAGACCAUCAGCCCCCUGGAGCUGAGGAUGGAGGAGCUUCGGCACCACCUGAGGAUCGAGGCUGCAGUGUCUGAAGGGGCCAAGAACGUGGUGAGGCAGCUCGGAGGCCACCGAGUUCAAGACCGCCACGCCCUGGCUGAGGCUCAAGCUCGUCUGCAGGAAUCUUCUCAGAAGCUGGAUCUUCUGCGUAUGUCUCUAGAGCGGAGGCUCGUGGAGCUUCCUCCAGACCACCCCAAACUGGCUGAGAUUAAACAGGAGCUGACUGUGGGAAACUCGCCCAGCCUGGGCCUGCACAGGGACCGCCAACGUUCCUCAUCUGCCUCCUCGUCUUCAUUCUUCAAACCUGCCAGUCUUACAGGCCGGCUGGAAGUCAGAUUAAUGGGCUGUCAGGAUCUGUUAGAAUCUGUGCCAGGCCGCUGUCGCGUGGCCUGUGCUUCCUCCUCCCCCAGCAGCCCCUCUGAAGCAAAGUCCCUGAGAAUGAGGACUGGCCUGUCCACACGCAGCACCAAUGGCAAGAUGGCCAAAACCGACGAACUGUCCACGGAAAUCAGCGCAGUGUUGAAGGUGAAUAACCGGAUGGUGGGUCGCACACACUGGCGGCCUGUGGGUAAAGAAGCCUGGGACCAAAGCUUCAGCAUCGAACUGGAGAGGUCUCGGGAGCUGGAGAUCGGUGUGUAUUGGCGAGAUUGGAGAGCUUUGUGUGCUGUGAAGUUCCUGCGCCUGGAAGACUUUCUGGAUAACCAGCGGCAUGGCAUGUGCCUUUACCUGGAACCACAAGGCACACUGUUCACUGAGGUGAGAUUCAUCAACCCUGUUAUUGAGCGGCACCCGAAGCUACAGCGACAGAAGCGUAUAUUCCCCAAAGAAAAAGGUAAAAACUUCUUACGGGCAGCACAGAUGAACAUGAACUUCGCCACAUGGGGCCGACUGAUGAUGAGCGUGUUGCCACCGUGUAGCAGCACUAUUACUGCUCUGAGCCCCCCGCUGGUCUCCACUGACCUGCCCUCUCCACCACCACCCCAAGAGCCUCAUCUCACCUCCCCUCCAUCUGCAGAAAAAACCUCUAACUCCACCCCUCCUCCACCAGGAGACUCGGCAAUCAUCAAACUGAACUUCAGCGAGGAGCGACCACCCAAACCCCCUCGUCUAUACCUGUCAAAGGCAGAGAGUCCUGCGUCCAUGAACUUGAAGGGUAACCAAGCUGAAGAUUGUAGAGGCAGAGCUGUGCUGAAGAACAUUACUAAGCAAACACAUGAGCUGCAAAUGGAUGAUUUUUUCUGGAUCUCUGUCCUUGGUAGAGGCCACUUUGGAAAGGUGUUGCUAGCAGAGUAUAAGAGCACAGGGAAGCUGUACGCCAUCAAAGCCUUGAAGAAAGGGGAUGUGGUGACACGUGAUGAAGUAGACAGUCUGAUGUGUGAGAAGAGGAUUUUUGAGACCAUUAAUGCAUCCAGACACCCAUUUCUUGUCAACCUUCAUGGCUGCUUCCAGACCAGUGACCAUGUGUGUUUUGUUAUGGAGUACUCACCCGGAGGUGACCUGAUGACCCACAUACAUGCCAACAUCUUCACUGAACGCCAGGCCCGAUUUUAUGCUGCCUGUGUACUCCUGGGUCUUGAGUUCCUGCACCAGAACAAAAUUGUUUACCGGGACCUGAAACUGGACAAUCUUUUAAUGGAUGCUGAUGGCUUUGUGAGAAUAGCAGAUUUUGGACUUUGCAAAGAAGGAAUGGGACAUGGCGACCGUACGUCCACUUUCUGUGGAACUCCAGAAUUCCUGGCCCCUGAGGUUUUGACGGACAGCACUUAUACCCGCGCUGUGGACUGGUGGGGCCUCGGCGUGCUCCUCUACGAGAUGCUAGUUGGAGAGUCUCCGUUCCCAGGGGAUGACGAGGAGGAAGUGUUUGACAGCAUAGUAAACGAUGAAGUGCGUUACCCCAGGUUUCUCUCCCCAGAGUCAGUCUCCCUCAUUCAGAAGCUGCUGCAGAAAAACCCAGAAAAGCGGCUUGGUGCUGGAGAGCAGGACGCUAACGAGGUGAAAAGGCACAGAUUCUUUCAGGGAGUGGACUGGGAAGCCUUGCUAGCCAAGCGAGUGAAGCCUCCGUAUCUGCCGAGCAUCAAAGCCCCGGGUGACGUGAGCAACUUUGACGAGGAGUUCACACGCCUAAAGCCUGUACUCACCCCUCCACACACACCCUUCUUCCUCACAGCCGAGCAGCAGGAGAUCUUCGCAGAUUUCGAUUUCUCCUCACUUCACUGACUGCCUGAGACUUGAUGGCCAAGCGGAAUCACGACACAUCGAGGCUCUGUCCUAAUCCUGCCCGAGCCCUUUCUUUUCUUUCUUUCUUUCUUUCUCUCUACCUAUGCAGUUGAACCAAGUGAAGCUGAUUUACUGUCACAAGGCUGUGUGCUUUUCUGCUUCUGGCUGCUGCACUAGUGUGCUUGAGCUACAUCUGAGUUUCUUCUGAUGAAGGAAAGCAGCAUUUGGAGUGUUGCUGUAACUCGCUGCUGUUCUGCCUCCGAAAUGAAAGAGAACCUGUCAUCACUGUGAGCUAAGCUUUUUCCUGUCCUGCAAUGCAUUGCUACUGAUUGCCUGUGUGUGGGUGUAGGUGUGGGUGUGUCUGCUCUUAUAGAACAACCACCAUGCUGAAUGUAAUUUUCGCUUUUACUUUUAGCCUCCACAAAGGGCUAGUGUGCAUGCAGGUUUUUGUUCCGGUUCAUUCAGAGCCACACCCAAUAAUCAACUAUUAGUUGUGGAUCCUUCUUGGUUGGUAUGAAAACCUGAGCUCUGGUGCACUAGAGUCUUGUACUGUCUGCACACAUGACCUCAGUUUUGUUCAAACGAAGCCACCAGUCAUUGCUCGUUACAUUUAUCCUUUUUCAAAUUCAUCAUAGAUUCUGCAGUCGGAGGUCUUGGAGCUGUAGAGCUUUGAUGCGCUCUUGCGCUGAAGCCGAGUAGAAAAUGAAAUGUUGGUCAUGUCUGUAUUUGUGAGUGACAUUUUUAAGGAAGGAAGCUUUGUAUGUAGAAGCACCAGAUGUUGUUUAUGGCUAUUAUGACUAAAAGCUUCAAAAAGGUAAAUGUAAUCUAAACUCACCUCUAUCCAUUGCAUCUGUAGUGUAUGUGAGAUUGACCACAGACAAGACGUUUUUCUGUACUCGUUACUGUUCAUUGGCGGCAGAGUGACCUAGUGGGUAGCGUCGCCCUCCGCACAGCUCCAGGGUUGUUGAGGUAUGCAGGUAGAUGGAUUAUAUAUGCGUUAGCUAUGCGAAAAUUUAAACACCCCUUGGUGUUUCUGGGCAUAUCUCCAGAUCCACAGCAAGCCUGACCAGGAUCAAGCAGUUAUUCAAGAUGAAUAAUACCUUUUUAUAAUCGAAGUCUAAGGACAGCUGUUGAAUCCUGAAUAUCUGUAUAACUCUAAAACUAUUAAUUAUACUGACUUAUAACGUCAUUUCCAAAUACCCUUGACUGAAGGUUGCAUGAAAGUGUUCUACAUUUCGCAUAAAUAUUUAUUGACAGAAUUCAACAACUGCUCUGAGACACUUUUUUUUUUUUUCUUCCUGUUUUCUCAGCACAUGAAAACAUAUAUAUAAAAUUGUUGUCUGUAGUAAUCUUGCACAUAUAGAUGGUGGGUGAAGUCUGUCAGAUAUCCAGUUAAGAACACAAACUUUAUUGAUUUCAAAAUCUUAGUGUACCUUUUAAACCUCAUGAUGAUCAGGAUGUUUAAGUGCAUACAAGUUGUUGUUUUUUUUUUUGUUUUGUUAACUGGGAUUACUUGCUCACUGGAAUCCAAAGUAACUUUUCCAGACCACAGUUUAAAUAAUCACAUGACUGUUAGAACAUGCCAUAAUUUUAUAUUGUACCUUUAGGCCAAUUAAAUCUAAUAAUGUUGUCCACUGAUGGUGUGUGUGUGUGUGUAUGUGUAUGUGUAGCAUUUACAAUCCAGCUAUGUUUAUUUGAAGCAUCUAACGUGUUUGUGGCCUCUCGGCUGUGAAGCGAGCCCUGUAUCUUUGCUGUACUCUAAACUGUAAACAUCCUGUAGUGCAUUUGUCUAUAUUUGUUACAUUUUUGCUGUUAGACGCUAUGACGCAGAGUUCUGAAGUAAUGGUUUACUUCUGAACAGUGAUACUGUGAGCAGAAACACUAAAGUAUUGAAAUUGGACUUUCCCUUUAUACAUGCCAAAUGAAGGAAAAAAAGAAAUCCAAACAUAAUGGAAGGGGAUGAAUGUAUUUUCACAAAUAAAAUACAAUAUGACUACA